AUGCCGUCGCAUCAGGCCUUGGUUGCCGCUUCGGCGCUGGGCUUCAUGACGAAGGCGGAGAGCCAGGCGAGACGGGUCGCUAUUCUCGAGCAGAAGCUAGCGGCCCUUGAGUCGGCGCACGCUGAUAGAAGAGCUUGCGGCAACACUUGCAGCAACAGAGAAGAAGCUUGCCGCGUCGUCGAGGCGUCGGUGGCGGCGCUCCUGCAUGAGGGCGGCACAAUGCGGAACAAGGGUUGCAACCUGGUAAAGAACUCGCUCGCUGACCUGUUUGACGCGCUCGCGAGGAUCAUCCGGCGCGGCGACCCAGUCGUGUUUGUCACUGGCUCGGGUUUGUCUGCGCCGAGCGGCAUUCCGACGUUCCGAGGCGCGGAGGGCGUGUGGGCCAAGUGGGUCCUGGAGUGGGGCACACGCGCCGCCUUUCUCGCCGACCCUCGCGGCUGGUAUGACAAUUUUUGGAUCCCAGCACACGUGGUCGCUGAGCCUGGUUCAACGAGCGAGCGGACCUACGAGCCGUCCGCCGGACACUUCGCGGUUGCGGAGGUUGCCGCGUGCCGCCAGACCAACGUGCAC